UCUGCGGGACUUACCGGGACUCACCCGGACUCACCGGGACACACCAGGAUUUACCGGGACUUAUCGGGACCGGGACUUGCCAGGUGCCCUUUUUUUCUGGGCAGCGGGUGCAGUAGCAGUUGUCCCUGGUGGAGUUACGCGCGCGCACGUGUGUGUUGGUUUUCUUUCAGGAGCCAAUCAGAACGCAGCGUUCACCUGCUCUCACCUGAGUCAGGUGAGAGCAGCUCCUGGCGCGUGCUCACGAGUGGGUCUCAGGUCCGUGCAGACUGACUGAUCAAUGAAGACGGAGAUCAUGGCGGAGGAACAUCGUUACAAGAGACGUAAACAGGCCAACCCACGCAGGAAGAAUGUGUUGAACUAUGAGAAGUUGGUCGAGACGAGUUCUGAGACGGACGAGGACGAUGGGAUGUUUGUCCCCAAGGAGGUGGGCAUGGUCACUGUGGGGACGUCACUCUGCGAUAACAGCUGGACAUUCAGAGACAAUGACAACACUGUGCGGCAAAUGAACGACGUCUCCAAACUGGACGAGUUUUUCUGCAAGCAUAAACCGGACCUUGGCGACAGUCGCCUGGAAACCAUGGCUGAAUACCUGCAGCGCAGCGGCACUGCAGUCAUUUACCCAGAAGCCCCGGAGGAAGUGACGAGACUGAGCGCGCGCGACGUCAUCGGUCAGGACGAGAGCGAACAUGAUGAUUUCACUCAGCUGCUCACGUGUCCGUACUGCGACUGCGGUUACAAGCGGCUGACUUCGCUACAGGAACACAUCAAAUAUCAUCACGACAAAAACCAGAUCAACUGUUCCCAACUGGAGCAUCACAUGACCCUGGAGAAACCUACCAGAGAGCAGGUACCAUCACACAGUGAAGACAAUGGAAACAGGAAGUUCAAAUGUAGUGAAUGUGGAAAAGCUUUUAAAUACAAACAUCACUUGAAGGAGCAUCUACGUAUUCACAGUGGUGAAAAACCAUACGAAUGCUCCAACUGUAAGAAGCGUUUUUCGCACUCGGGUUCAUACAGUUCACACAUCAGCAGUAAGAAAUGUAUCGGCCUUCUUGCCAUCAACAGACGAAUGUGCAAUGGAAACAACAGCAAACCUGGCUCCUCCCCCAGCUCCCCAACCUCAUCAUCAGGAAGACCCACCCUCACCCAGCUCCGCCACAAACUAAAGCACAAGCGAUUGUCUGGACCUCCAGAUCAGCAGGGUCAUCCUAGUGUCAAAUCCAAACAGAUGGACUUCAGUGAGUACCAGCUGCUCAUGGCCUCUCAGCACGGGUUUGGAGGACCUGCGGUCUACCUUAAUGGCUGCAGCAGGAGCAUCCACAUCUCCUCCCACAGCCCCCUUCAAGACCUGAGAGGUAUAGGACUAGAGCUCCCUCUGCUGGGCUAUGCAGGAACUCUGGGGAAUAAUCUGAGUGAGGUUCAGAAGGUACUUCAGAUCGUGGACAACACUGUGUGUCAGCAAAAGAUGGACUGGAAUUCAGAGGAGAUCUCCAGGCUGAGAGUGUACAUGAAGGAGCUAGGCGCACAGAUAGAUGACCAGAAGGUGGCGCUGGGUGGUUUCCAUGGCAACACUCUGGAGAUGGACAGCAAGGUCAAGGGUCUGAUUGACAAUGCAAAAAAACCAGUGGAAGUCAAAAAGGAGAAACCAAACCACUCAGCUUACCUGAGCAGGGAGGAGAACCACCGACUGCUUUUCUCCUGCCAGUACUGCAACCAGGCAUUUCCUGGACCCAUCCCACUGCACCAACACGAGCGCUACCUGUGCAACAUGAAUGAGGAGAUCAAAGCUGUCCUGCCACCAGGUGAUGGCAGCACCACAUCCUCUGAGCCUCCUGGCAAUGAGCAGGCACUCAGCCCCAUCAACUGCUUCAAAGACCACAUGUCCGUACCAAAGGCGCAAUUCACUAUGAACGCUGAGCUGAACUCUGAGGAGCUGCUGAAAGUUUCCAGCACUGUCGGUCUUCCUCAGGAGUUUGUGAAGGAGUGGUUCUCCCAGUGGAACCACCAUGGUGGCAGGAAAACACUGCUGCUUCCUGACCUCAAGCAGAGCAUGAGCCAAUCACUUCUGUCACUUCCUGAUGUAGAUUCACACGGACGUUUUGCUGGCAUUGACACUUUGCACCGACUCAACAAUGGUCACCACUUUUCAGCCAACAGGCAGACGACAGACGAACAAGCACUGGACCCACAGGUGGCCCAGCUGAGGAGAGACACGCCUUCACCUCUCAACCUUUCCUCCGCAUCCUCCAAAACCUCUCAGAGCAGCUUUUACACCCCGAAUAGCCUCAUGGGGGACAACAGGGAAAUACCACUGGAUCUGUCACUGCCCAAAUCCACAGUGACACAGAGGCUCAUGGUAGAGAAGCAACCCAGAGCUAACGGUUGUAUCUUGGAGUACAGCGCUGAACAUGGGACUGCACCCAUAGACCUGAUUAGCAUCAAGACAGAAGUCCUGGGCUCUGAUGGCAGAGCAUCCUCUCUCCACCAGCUGGAGGAAAGCUCCAAUUCAAUCUUUGGGAUAAACCCCUUCGCUGGUGGUCCCAUCUACACCUCACGACAGCCACACAGUGCUUUUCCUCCACCCACCUUAAUGUCUCCAGCCCAGGCCACCGUCCCGGGCCUCAGACCCUUCCCCAGCCUUGACCCCAUGAGCUUCCUGCCCCAGAUGGCCUACACCUACUCCACAGGCGCCGCCACCUUCGCUGACCUGCAGCAGCGGAGGAAGUCCCAAAAGAAACCAGGUUUCCAGAGUGAGCUGCUGGAUGGACCGGCCGGGGGGACAGAGGUGGACUUCCUGUCCAGCCUGGACGACCUGACAGACAGGAAGAAGAUGAAGAAGACUGAAAGUGGUAUGUACGCGUGUGACGUGUGCGACAAAACAUUCCAGAAGACCAGUUCCCUCCUCAGACACAAAUAUGAACACACAGGUAAACGUCCUCACCAAUGUCAGAUCUGUAAAAAGGCUUUUAAACACAAACAUCAUCUCAUCGAACACUCGCGUCUUCACUCUGGAGAAAAACCGUAUCAGUGCGACAAGUGCGGCAAACGCUUCUCACACUCAGGCUCGUACUCGCAGCACAUGAACCAUCGCUACUCCUACUGCAAGAGGGAGGCAGAGGAGCGACAGGAGCAGGAGGAGCGUCAGAAGCGGGAGGAGCAUCAGGAGUGUCAGGAGCGGGAGGGGCACCAGGAGCGUCAGGAGCCGGACAAAGGAGGAGGAGGAGAUGUGGUGGUAGACAUGGAGACCACUGAGCUGCUGAUGAGGACUUCGUACCUGCAGGAACUGGUCACAUUCAGAUACUCUGACCCUGAUGUGACCCUGAGGGACAGCAGAGAGGGAGGAGGUGGACAGGAGGACACCGAAGGAGACAGUGAGAUGUUUGAGGAGGUGACAGACAGAUUGGAGCCAAGUUUAAGGUAAGGAGACGAGGAAGAGGAGGAGGACGAAGGCAACAGUAGGGGCCAGAAGGACAUGAUGAAAGACAAAGACAGUGAAGACACACUGCUGCUGAUGGACUGAAAAUAUCAGACCAUAAGAGGCGGGGCCAUUGUGAUGGGGGUGGGGUUACAUUUGUAUUAAGUCAAACUAAUUUCAUCCACUAAAACAAAUAGUUAGGAUUUUAUUUGUAUUUUUUAAAGGUAAUCAUGGUUUGUGCUAAUGCUAGCUCAGAUUGAUGCUAGUUUGCAUCAUGCUGAACUCACGCUAACAUUAGCAUGAGUUCAUGCUAAAUUCUAGGUUUUGAUCUAAUGGGAUGCUAACUGCUACCCGCUGCUAGCCUUAGUCAUGUGAUCAGGUCAUAGGAAUUAGAGUAAAAGAAAUUAUGCUAACAGUUAGCUCAGUGAUACAUGUAGGUGUUUGACGGUGAUGUUGUUGUUUGGUGAAACCUGUCGACAAAAAACACAAAUAAACAGUUGCUAAACUGUUUUAUCUUCAAUGCAUUUAAGGUCAACGAGCAACACGGGCAACGCGAGCAACACGAGCAACGUGAGCAAAGCAAUAAACCCACAUUCAGGUUUUGAACCCUUCAAAGAGGACGAGCAGCAUUUGUCAGUGUGUAUUGUUACUGUGACAGUUGCUGUAUGUUAUUGUAAUUAUAGAUCAUUUAGUGUUUGGACUGUUCCAUUGGGGCCGGGGGUUAAAAAUGUACAGGUGCUACUAAGUUCUUCGAAACACGACAGAAAAGAAACUUCCUGUUAUUGUGUUUACUGUGUUUGUUUGUUUUGAUCUUAGCUUCCUGCUGUUUUCUACAUAUGAACCAACAUUUGAACCUGUGUGAUUUUUAAAAUAAAUGUCAUUUAAUAGAUUCUUAAAAAAGGAGGGGCGGGAACAUGAAAGGGCUUGUCAAGGGGUGGAGCCAUUAGCAUGUUAGCUUCCAGAGAAAGUGUUAUUAUGCAAACCUCAGCACAUGUGACUCAGCACUUCAGUAUUAUGACUACAGACGUUGACUUUUGUCUUAAAAUUAUUUCACCACAGUAUUUUUUGUCAGUAUUAAUUUUGAUGGAGUUUUUAUUGCAUUUGUUUUUUGUUUCCAUUUUAUUUAUAAGACUUAUUUUAUGUCCUAAUUGUAUUUAUUUCAUUCUGUAAUUAUUUACACAAACACACAUGUCUUUAACAUUUAGAUCAAAAACAUUCAUGUUUGUCAAAUAUAUGAUGAAGAUGGUGGUGUUGAUAAUGAUGAUGGUGACCGUGAUGAUGAUGAUGAUGAUGAAGAUGAUGAAGAUAGUGGUGAUGAUGAAUGUGAUGGUGAUGAUGAAGAUAAAGAUGAAGGAAUCUGUGAAACGAUAUUGUUACAUUUUCUCUGAAAUGACGUGGGUCAAAUAAAUGU